GCUCUGCUUGGCGAGUUGGCCAAAACAAAGCCAGUUCGUUGCUGCUGCUGCUGCGAAUCGGUCGUGUUCGGUUAGCCAGACUUGCGACAUCCGUGAUUUGGGCCAUAACAAAAACACGUUUACGAAACUUACGUCGUCAUCUCGAUUUGGACCGCGCGCGUAAACCAAGUUAAAAGAGAAGCAAAAAGCAGAAAGCGAAAAGCAGGGCCAAGAAACGGCAGCAAAACAAACCGAAAGCAAAACCCCAUCGCCAUCAGCAUUAUCAGCGCACAUAAUGGAAAUGGCGCCCCUAACAAUCAUGUAAAAUUGGUGUAAAAUGCAGACAAGAUGGAGCCCCCGGAAUGAAAGGAAAUGGGAAUCGUGCGAAAGGCAAUAACACAUCAAAUUGGUAUUAGAAAUUCUUACUCUGACGCCCCGUGCUAACUACAUAUAAAAAAAAGGGGGCGGCAGCUGGGCGUGGCCAUAGUGAUACAAAUUGGACGAGGAGCAGGAGCAGGAGCAGACGCAGGACCAUCAACCGUUGCGGGCCCACAUCGUUGGCUGCCUGUCGCUGGUUGCAACAUAAAAGUCAAUUAAUGUACAAUUACAACAACACCAUACCAGCAACAGGAGAAGUUGGCCAGUAGCUUGAAAAAGGCAAAGAAAGUGGGUGGAGAAAUUACUGCAAAUUACACGCAACGAGUCCUGAAAGCUGCGGUCCAAGUUGGAGCAGGAUCCGGAAGCCGCCGAGUGGACCGAGGAGGAGGAGGAGGAGGAGGAGUCGGUGUACCAGAAUCUAGAGCUGGUACCAUCAGCGCCACCGCCACCGCCACCGCCACCCGGUCGCCAUUACCAUCACCAUCAACGCCAUCAGCCAUUGGCACUGGCACUGCCACCCCACUGCCGUCUAUUGUCCAGUGGUGGCAGCGACAACAACAACGAUAGCGAAAGCGAAAAGGAGGACGAGAGCGGCGGCGGCAACAAAAUGACUUUCGUUAACAAGCUGAGCAAAAGCUUCCGCUGGCUCCGCUGCUCGACAUUGUGCGCAAUUUUGUUUUAUAUGUUCUUCAUUGGCUUGAUCCUGCACAGCACCAGCCACAAGCUGCAGCAGCAGCUGAAGGAGCAGGCCAGCAGCAGCAGCAGCAGCAGCAGCAGCAGCAGUAGCAGUAGUAGCAGCAGCAUUAGCAGCAGCAGUAGCAGUAGCACGCAACCAGAGGCAAAAAUGGCGCCCAACGUGGGGCAUAAUAGCGCCCAACGCAGGCAGAAUUCGCUGCCGGAACUGGAGCAGCAACAAAAACACCAGGAAAAGCUGAGGUCUCAGCCUGUGGCAAACAAUUUGGAUAUGGGGAAGGAGUCUCCCCAUUUACAGCCACAUCCACAUCCAGCCCACCCACAAAAAGUGCAAAGUGCGGCUGGCAGCAAUGCCAGCAAAUCCCCUAACCAGCCAGAAACAGUUAUUUUAGCGGCCAGCAAUGUGAAUGAGAAGCAAAUACUGGCAAAAGCUUUCAAACGGGCCGAUCGCAGUCGCGAUGGCAUUCUGUCCAUUCAGGAGAUGGGCCAGUACAUCAACCGCCGAAUCGUAGAGCACAUUGAUGAGGCAAUCAUGAACAAUGCCCGCGAAUUCCGACGCGUGGACAUCGGACCCGCCGACGGGCUGAUCACCUGGGAUGAGUACCACCGGUUCUUCCUGAGGGAGCACGGCAUGACGGAGGCGGACAUCGAUGAGCACGACGAGAUCCGCCACACGGCACUGAAUCGACGGGCCAGGGAGGACAUGAUGAGGGACAAGGCCCGUUGGUCGGAGGCAGCUCGAACCGAUCUGUUCACGCUCACCAUCGAUGAGUAUUUGAGUUUCCGUCAUCCAGAGUCCAGUGUGUCCAACCUUUUGGAGCUGGUGGAUGAUCUACUCCGCCAGUUCGAUCAGGAUGGUGAUGAUCAGCUCACGUUGGAGGAGUUUUCCGAUCUCAAUGUCGACGAUGACGACGAUCUGAUGCGCAAGUCGUUAAUAUCCAAAACUCUCGUGGAGCGACGUGAGGAGUUCAAGCGGAUAAUCGACAAGAACCACGAUGGCAAGGCGGAUCGGGGGGAGCUCCUGAACUAUGUGAAUCCCAAGACCCCAAGGUAUGCUCUCCAAGAGGCAGCCACUUUGUUCAGCCUGUGCGACGAGAACAAGGACGAACUUCUGACGCUUAAGGAGAUGACUGACCAUGCUGAGAUAUUUCUGCAAUCCAAGAUGAUCGACACGGCAAACAGUUUUCACACAGAAUUCUAAUUUUUUUCUUCACCAUCACUACCCCAACCCCUUUGAGCAUUUAUAGUGAUAUUAAUUUGUAAGUUUCUGCACCUAAAAUAGCUAAUCUAGCAGCAAAGCGUGUUUUUGUUAAUACUUUUCAUGCCGCCAUGAUCAAAUGUAAAGCAUUAAAAAAGAAAAUCAUUUCCUGUGUGAUUUUUCAAUAAUUAACUGUUAAGAAUGCAAAGCAAACCACAUUUGACACAAAUACUCCAAAUAAAUAUACGUAAUUGUAUGGAACUUGAA